UAUUUGCCAAACAAUGACUCGAAAUAUGAAUGAAAUGAAUGAAUGAGUGAUUGUUUGCCACAAACCGUAUGAUUGAGUGGACUGUCACUCAUAGCCAUGAGUUGACACUCGAGUCCAUCACACGUUGGGAUGAGUUGUAAGACAAUGAAAGGCAAGACACGGACCACUCAUUCGCUGUACAGACAGUCACUUAUCACACGACACCUCAAGCGGCUGUCCAUCGCGUGCGACCAGUCGUCCAGCGGUUCCAGUGGUGACACACGUGUGGAUCAACACCAACAACGACUCCCCAAGACGUCUGACCAUUUGGAGCGAAAGAAGCUGAAGAGUGGGUCGGACUCGACCUCAUCGGCCACUCGUGAGCCGAGUGGACGCCGAUAUCGUUGCCGUUUUUGUGGGUCACGUGGUCUGAGGGGCACUGACUUGGAGGCGCACCACCGGUCACACGAGGACGACAUGUAUGUGGAUGUAGUGGUGGACGAGGAGACAGGCCUUCCGGUCCCACACGAGUGA